AGCUAACACAAUAAGACCAAAACUAUAUAAAUACCUUAACUUUCACUCCCAAACAUAGUUUUUUCCUUCAUUUUCUCUCCAAGAAAACUCCAACCCUUUUCAUAUUAUAGGAUUUGAAGCAAAACCCACAAAUUGAAAACACAAAAAAAAGAAUCAAGUUUUUAGGCCAUGAAGCGAAGUUUUCAUGAAGCAGAGCUUGAUAGUAUAACCAUGGCGAAUUGCUUGAUGCUUCUUUCUCAAAGGAAGGAAACUGCGUUUCCUUCCUUUCAAGCUAUCAAAAAUACUGGCGUUAUUAAUUCUCCUAGUCGUGUCUUUGAGUGCAAGACAUGUAACAGGCAGUUUCCUUCCUUUCAAGCCCUAGGCGGCCACCGUGCAAGCCACAAAAAGCCUAGGUUGAAUGGCGGUGGUAACAGAGAUGGAAGCUCAGAUACUCAGUCGUCGUCUUCAUCGUCUCCGGCGAAAACCAAGACCCAUGAAUGCUCUAUUUGUGGACUAGAGUUUGCUAUAGGGCAAGCCUUGGGUGGUCACAUGAGGAGACAUAGAUCAGCUGCCUUGAAUGAUCAAAGCAACUUGCGAGGUCCUGAUACUUUGAGUCUUGAUCCAACGACAAGUCAUAUCGUGAAGAAAUCUAGCAGUGGAAGGGCUUUGUGCUUGGAUUUGAACUUGACUCCUUAUGAGAAUGAUCUGGAAUUGUUUAGGCAUGGCACUAAAGCACCUCCCAUGGUUAUUGAUUGUUUCUUGUAGAUCUUCUUCAUUACACGUAAAUAUACAAUCAUAGCUCUAUAAGUUUUUCAAUUUCUUGUCUUAAUUUUUUUCUUCCUGGGAUUAAAAUUUUAUAUUAUACAGUUAGAUCUCUGCAUAUGAAUUUUUAUUUUUAAAUUAUUGUUUACUAUUAGUGAAAAUAUAUUGAUUUUCAUUUAUUACA